UCGAAAGCCGGGAAUUUUUUGUUUGUUUUUGAUACACAACAACGUGUAAUUAUUGAAUUUCUAUUGUAUAUUUAUAAAUCAAUAUGAAUAAGCGUGAAGAUGCUCUUAGAGAGGCUUUGCAAAAAAAUGAAGAAGAAACUCAACGUUGGCAAAACUAUCUGAAAGAAAAUGAAACAGCCAUUGAAAAUAUGGCCAUGUUUGGCAAACGCUUAACAGUGGAUGUUAUGGUACCAGUUGGCAAAAAAGCCUUUAUGCCAGGACAUUUGCUGCACACGAAUGAAGUUUUAGUUGGUCACUAUCAGGGUUAUUUCUCGAAAUGCACCACCUUUAAGGCAAAAGAGAUUUGUGAUUUACGCAUUAAAAUGGCUAAGGAACAUUUGAAAAAGUUACAAACAGAGGCUGAUUUAUGGCAAAACAAAUUAGAAAAACCUUAUGCCGAGGGCGUUAUGCCUAGCGGUGAAGAACGUGAAAUUAUUGAAGAUUUCAAUGAAGAAGAGGAAAAAUUAUGGAAAGAAAAACAUAGAAUACGUGUUAAACAGGCUAAACAAAAGGAGCGCGAAGAAAGAGAAAAAGAGUUACAAAAAGAAAAAUUAAAAAAUAAAAAAGUUACCGAAGAAAAAAGUGAUGAAGAAAUCUUUAAAAUGUUAGAAGAAGCUGAAUUAAUGGAAGAAUUAGAACAAGAGCUAGAUAAACUAGAAGUAGAUGAAGUGAAUGAUGAGACUAUAAGAAAGCUAAUGUCUGGAGAAAUGAAAUUACCACAAGAAAAAAAGAGAUUAGCUCAUGAUAAAAAAGAUGGCAAAGAUAAAACUAACGAAGAAUCAGAUCUUCGCAAUAAUAUAGUGAAAAAGAAUGAUUUAAAGAAUAAUAAUCAGAUGAAUACCAACAAUAAUGUACAACCAAAUCCGGAAAUAACAAAUUUAGUAGAUUCCCAAGAGGAAGAUGAUACCGAAUUAGAUGAAGAACCUUUACCCGAGGAAGUGUCAAUGAUUAAAGAACAGGCUAAAUUUCUUAAUGCCGAAGAUCAAAUAGGUUUCUAUGAAUAUCAAAUAGAAAUAAUAAGACAAAAACUACAGAAUUUGCCAUUGCGAACACAAAAAGAACUGGAUGAAAAGAUACGUUUGCUUAAUGUUUUGGAGAAUUUGGAAGAACUAUUAGAAAUGGCUGAAGAGACAGUGGGUGCAGAAGAAUUGGCAGAACAAGACUUCGAAGCGGAAGAGGACAAGAAAGAAAAUGAAGAAAAACAACUAUCAGACAAUAAGGAACAAAUAGUUUCAACAUCAACAACAAGUGAGGCAAAUAAAACUAUUCAAAAACGUCGCAUAUCCUUUGCUUUGGAGGAUCAAACUUUAGAGUUUAGAAAACAUGAAGCCGUUACACAAAUGUUACCACCUAAAACUGAAAAACCCAAACGUGAUAUUAUUAAACUUGAUGAUGAUGAGAAUGAAGAUGUAAACAAAAAUUCGGUAUUUACUAAAGCUCCUUUAGAUAAAAAGGAACUAAUACAAGCUAAAGUUGAUAAAAAUUUACAAUUUGUUGCCGAAAAUCAAAGUAAACAAGAUUUUGAUUUAGUACAACAGAUAUUACAAUCCUCUAUGGGUGAAGUUAAUACAUUAUAUAUCAAAUUUAAACAUUCUCAACAAGAAUCAUAUAAAAGGGAUAAUAAGGUUUCAUUAGAUAUACCCGCCUCUCCGGCAGAUUUCUAUGAUUUACAUAAAAAGUCUUUAGAAACUGAAACUGAACCCUCAACUUUGUUUAUAAACAGUUAUGAGGGUGAAGAUCAAGUUAGGACCCCUGUACUAAAGGAAGCAGACCGACAAGCAGCCUUUGCCGAUCCUAAAGCAGAAUUCUCUAAUCCUUCUUUACAAGCCAAGCCAAUACUUAAAAAUAAAUCUGCUGUUGAUAAAGAAAAUCAUUUUAAGGAUACACAACAACAGGAUAAUAUUAAUAAAAAUAAGAAAUCAAAGAAAAAAUCUAAUAAAAAAGAGGAAGAUGAUUGCUUUAGUGCUUAUAACAAGGUGAUGAACGAUGUUAUCGAAAAACCUUUAACAGAACCUGAACCUUUGCCUGAUGUUAAAUUCAUUGAUGCUCAUACACCCAAAAAACGUAUCAGUCGUUUUAAACAAAUGCGCCAAGGAACAGAUAAAACAUAAUUUUAUUUGUUGUUUUUGUUUGUUUAUUUAUUUUUUGUUUUCGUUUUCUCUUUAUUAUCUUAAAUUCUUAAACAAAUUUGUAUAUUUUUCAAGCAUUAUAAUAAAGUUUAACUUUUC